AUGGAUGCAGUUGGUGGUCUUCUUCCUGGCAUGAGACACAUUUUUAAUGCAAUUAUUAGUGGUCGUAACAGUUUCCGGGAUAGCUUGGCUAAAAAGGAACGAACUAGUACUGGUAAUUUGUAUUACAGUGUAGCUGAUAUUUGGUGUCUGGUUAGGUCUGUUAAUUUGCUUUUGACUAAUGCGUUAUCUAAGGCUAAUGACGAAUGUCUUGAUGUUUUGGGUGUUACGUUUAGUAAAGCAUACAGCUGUCUUAUUGAAAAGAAACGGCCAGCCUGGACAUCUUUGUCUACUGUUGUUUCUCAUGACAUUAUUGGCAUUUUGUUUGGGAUAGUAAAUGUUAACAGCGCGUGUGUUAUGUUUAUGAAUGGUUUAAUAAACAUAUCUUGGAACAAAGCACUUGGCAAGUUCAAUGUCACUAAAUUAAACGAAAAAUCAGAUGGCUUUGUUGUACCUUUUCAGCUUGAGUCUGAUUUGUCGUGCAAUAACUUCCAUAAGCACAUAUGUUCAGCAGUUGGUGGUCUUAAAUUGGAAAUAGACGACGCUGAAAUCAUAAUAAGUGAAGUGUAUAGUUCUUUAUGGACUAGCAUGUUUUCGCUAAUGGUUUCAAAGUUGUCAAAAUCCAGCCAUGAAACGGACCAAGACCAGGAAUGUGUGCCUGAUGUUGUGUAUAAGGAAGUGAAACAAAAUGGCUUGUCUGUUUUUGUUAAGGAACAAACCAGACUAGGUGAACUUGUGUUACCAUCUGAAUCAGGUCGUGCCUUUAAUGCUUUUGAAUUUCAGGGAGUUGUGUUUAAAAAGCGAGCACUUAAAUCUGGUUUUUCGGCGAUAAAGCAAAAUGGUGAAACGGCUGUAUCUUCUGUAAAACCUUCGAUUAAGUACCACGAAAACUUAAGCAAACUGUCGUUACUGGCUCAGGAUAAUGUUCUAAGCAGCACGCCAAAACCAGAAACAUCUUUUGGUAGGAAAAUGGAGUGCAAAAUAGAACGAGUGAUAGAAUCUAUGAUCAGUAAUGUAGGUGAGGUGGCAAAUGUUAAGCACAGGGAAGGCAUAGCUGUACUACUGGGUCAAUCUUUUGUGUACACAUUGUGUUUUGUUCUUGAUUCGCCGCAAUUGCUAGAACUCAUUCCUGCGGCAAAUAGGUAUAAAUCGGAAAUUAAAAACAUGGAUUUUCCAACGGCCUUGGUGGAUUUAUCUGAUUCAUUUAAUUUUAUGAUCAGCGACCAAAUAAUUCAAUUAUCAGAAGAUGUAGUAAACACAUUGUUCUUUGCUUCGAUGAUAUACAUAAGAACUUGUAUAUUUGCACCAAACCACUCUAAGCCAAAAAAGAAACCACAAGAGAAAGGGUGUAUGGCAGUGAGUAGUGCAAUAAGCAAAGACCAAUCUGGAUUCUCAUUAUCUGUUUUUGAGUUAUUUAAGUGCAGCUGUGAAGAUAUUCCAUUAUCUGAAAAAAAUGGGAAAAUUAGCAACAUGCUAAAUCCAAUUGUUUUCAAAUACAUGGAACUACUAAAUCAAUUAAAUGAUUCAGAUUCUAACACUAAGAUAAAAGAAAAACUGGCAACCCAAAAUAACGGAAUAUGCGCAGCAAUUAAAUUCAUCUUCUCUAAGGAAGAGUUAAAUUUCUGUGGCAUAAAAAUAUAA